UUCAGUGCCAUUUCUUCCUCACCCGAGCUGACCACGGUACACAACACGCAGCCACGCGCGCACGCAGCGAGCGGCAACGACGAGCGCCACGCACAGCCACGAGAGCCGCGGGACGGGAGAGCCUCACAAGAAUGCCAUGAUGGCCGCCGCUUCCGCUUCCUCCUUCCCGCCGCGCGGUCACGCGGCCCCGUUUGGCCGGAGGGCGCCGCCGUCGCCUUUCCCGCGGCGUGGCGCCGCGGCCCGACGCCCGCCCCCCGUCUCGACCCACAGCGGCGGCGGCGGCGAGGGAGACGCGGGGAGGAUACUGGACCCACGCGCCACGCCCUUCCAGGUCCUCGGCCUCGACGGCUCGGCCUCCUACUCCGCCGCGCAGCUCAAGGCCGCCUUCCGCGCCCGGGCAAAGGAAUUCCAUCCUGAUGUUUGCAAGGACCCAGAAAACGCAGAUUUAAUAAUGAGACGAGUGAUCAAGGCCUAUCAGAUGUUAUCUGGUAACCAAGAAAUGAUGGUUGAAAGGAACAACGUUGACCCAUUUGAUGAACCUGAGUGUGAAGCCCGUGACGUAUUUGUCAAUGAACUUUUAUGCAUUGGCACUGGAUGCCCAUAUUCUUGUGUUAAAAGGGCACCACAUGUAUUUUCAUUUUCAGAUGAUAUUGGUACAGCUCGUGCAAUAUCUCAAGGUAAUGGUGAAGAUGACCUUGUUCAACUCGCCGUUGGGCAGUGUCCAAGAAAAUGUAUAUACUAUGUGACGCCUUGCCAGCGUGCUAUUUUGGAGGAUGUUCUUGCUAGCAUGUUGAUGACGCCCUACGACCUCUCUGGAGCAGCAGUUCUGGAUUCACUCAUCUCGAAAGCAAUGUUUGAGAAUAACAGGUACAAGAAGCCGAAAAGAGAAGCAAAAGCAUCUUCUGAUUAUGUUGAUUGGAUGUGAUCUAAUCUUGAAGCUGUGAAGCACCAAUUGGCAGUCUCCACCAGGUAGUUCAGUAGGUUUUUGCUGGUUUUUCAAGGGUCCUUGGGAUAGCAUGAUGCACAGAUGUAUUGUAGUGUACAUGCAUACAUAUUCCUGUUUCCUAUGAAAAAAUACAUACUCGCGUAGCCUGUAGGCCGUACUCUGUGGCGCUGAGCAGUGAGCACUAGAUGCUUGCACCGAGUUACCCCUGAAGGUGGGCAAAAUGUAAUCGAAUCUGUUAACAAACUGUUUUGUUUGCCGCACUUCUGAUCAACCUAAUUUCCAUUUUCAUAUAAAGAAGCCAAGCAAGGCAUGCACAAUA